GUCAAAAUGCUCAACAAACCAAAAUUCAAGCAGACGGCGCGCCAUAGGUGAAGCGAACACUCUGGGGAGUCUUUACUACUUCGCAAAUAUGUCGGUCUGUAAUCUCAGCCGUCCAUUCUCGUCGUUCGUCGCCAGAAAAUCCAUACCGUUCACUAGGAAGCGGAGUAGUGGUGGUAGUACCAUUUCAUGUCUCAGUCUCAAUCACUCGACCAAGUUUAGGAGGGAUUACACGAGCGUAAUGAUAGUCCCGACGGGAGUCGGAGCAGCCAUAGGUGGAUACGCCGGCGAUGCUUUGCCUGUGGCUCGCGCUCUCUCAUCGGUGGUGGAUUGCCUAAUUUCUCACCCAAACGUUCUAAACGCUGCAAUGCUCUACUGGCCUAUGCCGAACACAUUAUAUGUUGAAGGUUACGCUCUUGACCGCUUUGCAGAAGGCUUGUGGGCUCUUCAGCCUGUUCACCAGAAUAGGGUGGGACUGGUUCUUGACGCUGGAAUAGAGGAAGAUCUUAGGCUUCGCCAUUUACAAGUGGCUGAUGCUGCAAGGGCUUCUCUUGGCUUAAAUGUUGUGGAAUAUGUUGUCACUGAUACACCUUUAGAGGUAGAAAUGUGGGUUGAUCCAAAGGGUGGGCAAUCUACGGGGAGAAUUAAGCACCCUGAUUCGCUAUUGAGAGCCGUGAAAACUCUAGUUAAUCGAUCAAGAGUGAAUGCCAUAGCAGUUGUUGGACGCUUCCCAGAUGAAGAUAUAGAAGAAACGGAUGACUAUCGACAAGGAUUGGGAGUUGACAUUUUGGCAGGAGUUGAGGCAGUUAUUAGUCAUUUAGUAGUGAGGGAAUUCUGUAUUCCUUGUGCCCAUGCUCCUGCUUUAUCACCUCCUUCCCUUUGUCCAUCUCUUUGCCCAAAAUCAGCUGCUGAGGAGUUGGGAUACACAUUCUUACCAUGUGUACUUGCUGGGCUUAGUAAUGCACCACAGUACUUAGAAAUGAACUCUGCGUCCUUAGAGAAGGGUUGCAUUUUGGCAAGUGAUGUUGAUAGUGUCAUCCUUCCAAUAGAUGCUUGUGGAGGAGAUGGUGCUCUAGCUUUUGCUAGAAAUCAAAGAACAAAGCCACUUAUAAUUGUGGUGGAGGAGAAUGAAACAGUUCUUGAUGAUACACCGGAUAAUCUUGGGAUUGAAGCGGUAAAAGUCUCAAACUAUUGGGAAGCAAUUGGCGUUGUAGCAGGUCACAAGGCUGGAGUAAAUCCCCAUUCUCUUCGAAGAGACGGGAUUAAAAAUCUGCAGGGAGGUUCUCUUAAGCCUGCUAAUGGUUUUGCAGUUUCAAGUGCCCAUUGAUUUUUUUGGUACAUUCAUUAAAAAAUGUAGGGUCAAUUUUUGCGAUAAAAAAUUCAGUGUGGUUCUUUAUGAUUGCUUGAAAGAAAAGAAAGUGUAUAUAUUCACAUGCCCUGCUACUAUAUUGGGGCUUUUACCGACUGGUAUGCAUAUAUUCACAUGCUAUGCCAUUAUAUUGGGGCUUGGACAGGUUGACUUUGCAGCCACUUUUAACGCCUGACCAGAGGAAUUUGAGUUGGCAUUUUCUUGUUGAAAUAA